AAUUGAACCACUCAGAGGCAACCUAUGCGAGUGUUCACAGCAAUUGCUCGAUACUAAAAACGUAUACCGAUGGCACAUCUCAUAGGAUUGUAGCCAUUCGAGGAUCUUCCGCUUCUCUUAUGAUUAUUAUUAUAUAGAUUAAACGAAAAAGAGGGGAAAUCAAGAAAGAAAGCGAGGAGAGAUCGAUUGGAGAUCGUGGUGAUGGCGGCAAGAUACUGGAUCGUCUCUCUACCCGUCCAGGCUUCUGCCUCCUCUCACUGGAGUCGCCUCCAAGAAUCCAUCUCCAAGCACUCCUUCGACACCCCCCUAUACAGGUUCAACACCCCCGAUCUCCGAGUGGGAACCCUAGAUUCGCUGCUCUUCCUCAGUGAUGAUCUCGCCAAGUCGAACACGUUCAUAGAGGGAGUGUCUCAUAAGAUCCGGCGCCAGAUUGAGGAGAUGGAGCGGGCUUCUGGCGUUGAGGGUGGGGCGCUGACGGUGGAUGGGGUUCCUGUGGAUUCCUACCUCACGAGGUUUGUUUGGGAUGAAGCCAAGUACCCGACAAUGUCACCGUUGAGGGAGACUGUUGACAGCAUUCAUGUCCAAGUAGCGAAAAUUGAAGAUGACAUGAAGGUUCGUGCAGCAGAGUAUAACAAUAUCCGUGGUCAGCUCAAUGCGAUAAACAGAAAGCAGAGUGGAAGCUUAGCCGUCCGUGACCUUUCCAAUUUGAUAAAGCCAGAGGAUAUCAUCACGUCAGAACAUUUAGUGACACUUCUUGCUGUUGUUCCCAAGUAUUCUCAAAAGGACUGGCUCUCAAGCUAUGAAACUUUGACUACCUAUGUGGUGCCUAGGUCAUCAAAGAAGUUGCAUGAAGACAAUGAGUAUGCUCUUUACACUGUCACACUCUUUGGUAGGGUGGCCGAUAACUUUAAAACGAGUGCACGCGAAAGAGGAUUUCAGAUUCGUGAAUUUGAAUACAGUCCAGAAUCACAAGAGAAUCGGAAACAAGAGCUCGAAAAAUUAUUGCAAGAUCAGGAAAACAUGAGGAGCUCUCUUUUACAAUGGUGUUAUGCUAGUUACGGGGAGGUUUUCAGUGCCUGGAUGCACUUCUGUGCUGUACGUAUCUUUGCAGAGAGCAUUCUCAGAUAUGGUUUGCCGCCAGCAUUCUUGGCAGCAGUAUUAGCACCUCCAGCGAAAAGUGAAAAGAAAGUUCGAUCUAUUUUAGAAGAGCUUGGUGGCAAUGCCAAUAGUGCUUUCUGGAAAUCUGAAGAUGAAGUAGGCUUGGCUGGUAUAGGCGGCGAAGCUGAGGCAUAUCCCUAUGUCUCUUUCACUAUUAAUAUUGUUUAAUACAAAUUAAGUUGUGGUUGCGUUGCCCCUGUUCGACCACUUCGGAACUUUUAGAAUAAUUAUCUUCAGUCACAGUACCGAUGCAUAGUUAUGUACUGUAUAUUUUUAUUGUCACAUGACCAAUUCUUUUUCAUAUAUGUGGUAUUCCUCAGGAUUUUGUUCUAGGUUUCAAGUAAUAAUCAAUAUUGUGACCAUUUUUAACCUGAUUAUACCACUCAUUUCAUGAAUGGAACUCUUUGACAUGUUCUGUCUACUAA